AUUCAACAGGACAGUAGAAAUCGUUCAAACCGCGAUGGCUGCCGAGGCGCCUUCGCUGCAGGUAUCCACUUUACCGAUUCCACCCAUGGCGUUCGUAGCGUUUUUUACGCCGGAAAAUGUGGAAGCCGGUAUUUCGCCCGACCCGCCGCCUGUGAUAUCCGGUAAUUACGAAAUGUACGGGGAAACGUACGACACAGAAAAUGAUCCUGCGGACGUACAGCCGCUUGAAAGUCACGGUCUGCAACGACUACAUCCCGUGUAUUACAGUAAACGAUUUGAGCUGAAGAAGCUCAACAUAUCUGUAGUCACGAACUUUCUAGACCUUUUGGACAUCAUGAUCAAGUGCCCGGAAGAAGAUGUCCGGAUUCAGAAAAUGGAAGAUAUCUCCUUGCUGUUCAUUCAUCUACAUCAUUUGAUAAACGAGUACAGGCCUCUGCAGGCCCGAGAAGCUUCGCGUGUCAUGCUGGAAGUUCAGAAGCGGAAGCGUUUGGAGUUGGUUGACAGCCUAGAUGAAUCUAUAGCUGAAACCAUUGCUGCAGUGAAAGUUUUGAGCAUAGCGCCUUCCGAACCCUGUGAUGAUGAAAAUUUGGCAUCGCCAAGUUUUCUUUGUGAUGAUGUAGUAUCUUGUGAUCUUCCGGAGGACAAUUUUCGUUCUAGGGAAGGAUCCUGCCACGUCAAGGAUUUUACCAUGUGCCGAUGGGCAGACGGCUACCCUGAAUUUAUCUUCGUGAUGGCGAACAUAAUCGGAAAUCGGGCGUCGGCAUUAGUAGCUCGGGUAUCCUCUCACCCGGUAACUCCAAGGAAGCUUUUGCAGCUUAGACGUGCCAAAUCCUCCAGUUCGUCAUCCAUGCCUCCUCUUUCUGAGCCACUGAACGGUCUUCCAACGGCAAUUUUUUCCAAACCUUCAGCUUUAACGCACGAGACGGAGGUUACAACUUUGUCGAACGGACUCCGAGUUGCCUCACAGAACAAAUUCGGGCAAUUUUGCACGGUUGGAGUUGUUGUCGACUCUGGCCCUCGAUAUGAGGUAGCCUAUCCGAGUGGCAUUACUCAUUUUUUAGAACGUGCGGCAUUUCAGUCUACAGCAGAAUUCAGUGAUAGGGACAAGCUACUCCAUGAGCUAGAGAAAUUUGGAGGUAUCUGUGACUGCCAGGCUUCGAGGGACACAUUCAUUUGUGCUGCAUCAGCAGAAAUUCAUGGCCUUGAUCCGGUUGUCAAAAUAUUGGGUGAUGUAACACUGCGACCGAGGUUUAAGGAUGAAGAACUUGAGGUUGUGCGUCAGACGAUUCAGUUUGAAUGGGAAGAUCUCGAGCUACGUCCAGACCAAGAAGUCGCUCUUAUGGAAAUGAUCCAUGCGGCUGCUUACAAGGAUAACACCCUGGGACUUCCUAAACUGUGUCCGCUGGAAAAUCUGAAGAAAAUUGACCGCGCAUUGUUGUAUUCUUUCUUGUCGAGCCAUCAUACGCCUGAGCGGAUGGUUAUUGCCGGCGUUGGCGUCGAGCACAGCGCCCUUUGUGAAGUUGCAGAAAAAUACUUCGUUGACAUGAAACCGAUUUGGGAUAUUGGUUCAGAGAUCGAAGGGAGGAUGACGGGUGGAAGAAUGCCAUUGCUUCACGGAACCGCCGAUUCUUCCGUUGCCCAGUAUACAGGUGGGCUUGUGGUGUCCGAGAGGGACAUGUCAAAUUUGUGUCCCGGGCCGAAUCGACAAGGAAUUCCCGAACUUGCUCAUUUUGUGCUUGGUUUGGAAAGCUGUUCGCAUCAAGAUCAGAAAGAUUUCAUUCCAUCGUGUGUACUCAACGCGAUGAUGGGCGGCGGUGGAUCCUUUUCCGCCGGUGGUCCGGGCAAAGGAAUGUACACACGCCUAUACACGAAUGUGUUGAACAGGCAACAUUGGAUGUGGAGUGCCACUGCCUACAAUCACGCUUACGCUGACUCUGGGCUUUUCUGCAUCCACGCCGCUGCUCAUCCAUCUCAACUUCGCGAAAUGGUCGAGGUCGUUGUGAAAGAGUUCGUCAUGAUGGGUGGACACGUGGACAAGGAAGAAUUGGAACGUGCGAAGGCGCAAUUACAGUCAAUGUUGCUGAUGAACCUCGAGAGUCGGCCGGUGAUAUUUGAAGACAUAGGGCGGCAAGUGUUGGCAACUGGUCAACGUAAACCACCAGAGCAUUACAUCGAUGAAAUCUCGCGUAUAAAUGAGGAAGACAUCCGCCGUGCAGCGCAUCGCAUGCUCCGGAGCAGACCUAGUGUUGCCGCCUUAGGAAAUUUGAAAAACCUUCCAGUGAUGGAAGAAAUCGAAGCGGGCCUUCUCGAUAGAGACGGUCGAAUGCCGAAGUCGAGGAAGUCAUUCACGUUGUUUGAAAUGUCAGUGUUUCGUGGAGUUCGCUUUGUGCGCGCGGUUUCAAAAUUGACGACCUUCAAGAGUGCGCAAGCAACACCGGGCAUCAGUUUUUCCAGGGCUUUGCGUGCGUCACGCUGUUUUUCUUCGGCGGCCUUUUCCACUGAAGUGCCGAAGGUAAACGAACCUGUUGAAGACGAAUCUUCUGAAAAUGGGGAUCCUCAACUGGAAGCUGAGCUACCAGUUGCCGCAGAUCCGAAGGAUCGGUCCAGGAAGAUUCCUUUAGAAAUGAGCAUGCGUUACAUGAAGAGUGAGGCCUAUCAAAAAGCAUACGGCGAAAAAGCUGUGUGGGAACUUUACCGAAGGAACUUCAAAGAAUUCAAUGCUUUGAAAUUUUUCUUACUCAACUAUGUUAAUCGUCCGCAACUCGUGCUUCUCAGAGUCUUCGUGCAAACUUCCGAUUUCGACAAGCGUCAAAAUAGGAUGAGCACCGGCAAUCCGUGUCCAAUUUGCCGGGAUGAGUAUCUCGUCGUACAUCCCCUGAACAUGGACUUGCUCAAGCAAUUUGUUUGUGAACACACUGGGGAGCUGUUGGACACCAAGAAAACAAGCGUGUGUCAACUUCAGCAAAAAAACCUCAUGGUGGCAUUGAUGCAGGCGAGAAACAUGGGCCUGAUAUCGUUUGAUAUUCCUUUUCGCGAAUACGAUUAUAAUGAAUACCGACCGAAGUCCUGAGAAUAUUCGUAGAGUGGCUGAAGAACAAGUGAAGGAUGACGUGUUGCAUUCGUUUCUUGUAUUUUAUUCAAGGGUAUGUGACGUUCCAGUCUCAUUUAAAAAGUUCGCCGAAUGCCCCUGAGGUGAAAUAAGAAAAUUACAGUACAGUACUGUAUGUACCGUAUCUGCGAAAUAGCUUCUGUUCGUUCUUGAAGGUGCCGUUCGAUUAUUCGCCUGGUGCUAAUAGUAAUUUCGGAUCGACACGAAAAAUGAACCGGAAUUAGCUGAUGAACUAGGGUAUGAUCACAAUCUCAUCGGUUGUGUGUCAGAGUUUUCUAUCAAAACCCUUUCCACUUCUGUUGUUUUCUGUGGUUUCCACAGUCUUAAUCCGAAAAUUAUUCUUUUGUAAAUGGGAAGUAUUUUCGAGAAAAACGUGUGUUUAGGCUUCGAACUUCCAUAUUUUUUUUUAUUUGAAGACUCGGAAAAUGUGCACCCUCCGGAAGAACCGCUUGACCGCAACUUCAACGUAUGUUCUUCGUCAUUAAUACACGGACUCCGUGAAAGAAGUGCGUAAUGAUUCAAAAUAGCGAGCGUUUAUCUAGCGCUUUUCUUCAUUGCCUGAUCACAAUGCAAACGCUUCGAAUGAUGUCGUGUUUUUGCCUCUGUGUCCAUAAAAUUCUUGAUAAAUGCAUAUCCUCGUCGAAUGAUAUUCUGUUUUCCCAAAUACGUGUUGUGCA